UUUAGCGCGAGGAGACCUGGUACGAGCAUGAGGUUAUCGGUCGUUUCCAGAUCUUGACGAUGAUAAGGAAAUACAGGCGGCUCUUAGUCAUCUUCGUCUCUUUCUGGUUCUUGGCAAUGCUCUACUACAGCGUUACCUUAUCAGGAGAGACGCGCGGUUCAAGAAAGUACGAUCACUCAGCGCCUCACCACGUCGUGAAAGAGAACGGCGCCACAGAAGUCGUCAAACCCGUCGACCAUCGCACGCUGAAGGGAUUCGACGAGAAAGCGUAUAUCGACGCGACGAGAUCGAAGGACGAUCCGUACGGUCGAAACGCAUUCAAUCAAGUAGAGAGCGACAAAUUACAGAGCGACAGAGACGUACCGGACACGAGGCACCAUCUAUGUAAAGAGAAGAAGUAUCGGCAUAAUCUGCCGCCCACGUCGGUUAUAGUCUGUUUUCAUAACGAGGCUAGGUCUACCCUCCUUAGGACGGUGUUGAGUGUAUUGAAUAGAAGUCCGCCGCAUCUUAUUACUGAGAUAAUUUUGGUCGAUGAUUUUAGUGACAAUGCUGAAGAUGGUCAGUUGCUAUUGAAUAUUCCAAAAGUCAUGCUAUUGAGAAACGACAAACGAGAAGGUUUGGUGAGAUCACGUGUGAAGGGAGCCGAUGCCGCACGAGGCCAAGUUCUUACUUUUCUUGACAGUCAUUGUGAGACUAACGAGCAUUGGCUUGAACCUCUUCUCCAACGAAUUUCAGACGAUUACACUGCUGUUGUUAGUCCCAUUAUUGAUGUCAUCAGUAUGGAUACGUUUCAGUAUAUUGGAGCGUCUGCAGACUUGAGGGGAGGAUUUGAUUGGAGCAUGCAUUUCAAGUGGGAUGCGUUUACACCUCAACUGAAACAGAGCAGAACAAAUCCUUUAGCACCAAUAAGGACACCGAUGAUCGCUGGUGGACUUUUUUCUAUUGAUAAGCGGUGGUGGGAGAAACUUGGAAAGUAUGAUGUCGAGAUGGAUAUCUGGGGUGGAGAGAACUUUGAAAUUUCAUUUCGUGUGUGGCAGUGUGGUGGUAGUCUGGAGAUUAUCCCUUGCUCUCGAGUCGGCCACGUCUUUCGCAAACGACAUCCAUACACAUUUCCCGAUGGCAAUGCUAACACAUACUUGAAAAACACAGCAAGAGCAGCAGAGGUUUGGAUGGACGAGUACAAGAAGUACUACUAUGCUGCUCGACCGUCUGCACGCAACAGAGACAUUGGAGAUCUUACUGCUAGGAAGGAAUUGAGAAAGAAGUUGAACUGCAAGUCAUUCCGCUGGUACUUGAAAACCGUCUAUCCCGAGUUACAAGUUCCUGAUGACCGAGAUAUCGAAUUCGGAGAGCUGAAACAGGGACGAAUGUGUAUGGACACACUCGGUCAUCUGACCAACGAAUGGGUGAGCAUGUACGAAUGCCACGGAGGCGGAGGCAACCAAGAGUGGGCGCUCACAAAGAACCAAGCCAUACGACACAUGGACAUGUGUCUCGCUCUACAUGGACCAAAACCGGGCACCGUCGUCAAGAUGCAAGGCUGCUCGGGACAACCGAACAACAUGCAGCUGUGGGAACACACAAACGACGGACUACUGCGUCACAAAACGACCAAGUUGUGUAUAGACAGUGAUGGUGCCGGUGCCGGUCAGGGUCUGGUCGGAAAUACGUGCGACUCGUCUAAGUAUUCUCAACGAUGGGAUUUUUCUCUAAAUUUAGGUAAUUAGUUGGUCAGAUUCGUGUCUUUAGUAGCAAUCAUUCCUAUAUUUUAGUCUUAAAUAUUGCAAUAACACAAGAUAUAGUCGUGUGAGGCUAUGUGAUCUACUCUGAACACUAUCUAGUGUUCCGGCUGGUGUUUACCAUGUAUGACAACAGCUUAGUGUCGCUUGAACUGCUUAAUUCGUAUAUAAUUAUUUGUCUCUGGAUAAUCA